AUGAAGGAAAAGAAGAAAGGAAAACGGUAGUUAAAUUAAAAGUUCUAGUCGCUGAUCACAAGAUUAGAAAGCAGAAUUUGUCGUGUCAACGCAACGCAUCGGUCGUUAAUGGAUUAACCUAACGAAUUAAUCCAACGCGGAGGUAAUCAAGAUGUCCGAUUAAUCAACAUUGUUCACGAUUGUUUCAGGAUGUUUGGAAGCAGUGGUGCUUGCGCAGGCUGCGGCAACGCGAUACCUGCCACCGAGCUAGUAAUGAGGGCGGGUGGAUCGGUAUUUCACCAGAAAUGUUUCACCUGCAGCAAAUGUGGAAAUCAACUCGUUUCCGGCGAUAGGUAUUACCUGCUGUCGGGGUCACCGGUCUGCGAAACGGAUUGGCACAAAAUCGUGAAAUCGUCGAGCGUCGCGGCCGCAGCCGCCGCGGCAGCGGCCGGCAACGGUGGCGCACCGAAGUCGCGAAUGAGGUGGCAACCCGGUCGGUCGCCCGAAGAAGGUACAAGCCUCUCCGCAGCCGACGCCGGUCGUCGUACCGUCACAGGUCGACGUUGUGGACGUCGCUGUCGGAGGGGAUCCCUAUUCGCCGCCUCCGCCGGGUCAUCAGCAGUACCACCAUCAUCACCACCACCAUCACCAUCAUCAUCAGAUGGGACUCGUACAUCCGGGACUGGCGGUACAGCAAACGCACCUGCAGGCGUCCACCUACCAGGAGUGGUCUCCGUGGGCACAGGACACCUGCGACUGAACAAUCAACCUCGUUCAACCACUUAUCCGAGUGUCGGGCCCGUCUCCUGGCUGAACGAAUCCUCGCCCUGGUCUCGAGGCCCUGAUCUCGUCGCCGCUGGACCUCUUCUCCGUUUCACCGUCACCGUCACCGUCACCGGUUCGAAGAUGGAAGAACGGAAGAUGGAAGAAUCGAGCAUCACUCUCUUCGUUCGUAGGGUUCUUGCGAUCCUUCGCCAAACCGAACAAAAGGGAUGGAAAUUGUCGUGUGAACUCCUUCGAUUCGCGAGCGGUUUUCUUCCGUGGAUACGGAUGAAACAGGUGAUAGAUUGGUGUGUCUUGCCUCUUGUGAACGUUGUGCGCGAGUGCAGGAGGGGACGAAGGAUCAAUCCUUGGGUGCCUGCAAUACGAGGCUCUCGUUCUGCCUGUGACCGAACCGUUUAUGUCGCUAGGAAGAACUCCAUAAACGAUGAUGGAGAAAAUAAUAAUCUCCAACAUAUCAAUGAAACCUGCGAAAGUGUUCAAUGUCCAAGCAAACUGCGACAAAGGACUGAACCAUCAAAGCGAAAUGUUCCGACGAUGUCAAUCUUUUUCCUUUUUAUGAAAAUUAACGCGCAAAAAUAA